UGCAGAUCCCCUCAACAGCCGGCAGAGGGCGCAGGCGCGGGAGGCGGAGGCAACGUUGAGGCGCCAUGUCUGAAGCGGGGCCGGGCGCCAUGGGGGCGGCGGGGACCGCCCUGCUGCUCCUCGGCCUGGGCGGCCUCCUCGCCGUCCCCGACGACUGGGGCUUCUCCUCCUCCGAGGUGGUCAUCCCCGAGAGGCUGACCCCCCGCGGCGGGGAGGCCGAGGAGCCCGGCCGGCUGUCCUACCUGCUGCCCCUCGAGGGCCGGAGGCACGUGCUGCACCUGCGGCCCAAGAAGCUGCUGCUGCCCCGCCGCCUGCCCGUCUUCACCUUCUCGGCCCGGGGGGAGCUGCUGGAGGAGCAGCCCUACGUGCCCCACGGCUGCUACUACCGCGGGGCCGUGGAGGGCGCCCCGGACUCCCUGGCCACCUUCAGCACCUGCUCCCGGGGGCUGUGGGGGAUGCUGCGGCUGCAAGGCCGCCUCUACCAGGUGGAGCCCCUGCCGGCCUCCGCCACCUUCGAGCACCGGGUGUCCCUGCUGGACGACCUGCAGCUGGGAAACUGGACCUGCGGCCUCACCGACGAGGAGAUCGCCCGCCAGAUGGCCCGGCUCCAGCUGUCUGCCUCUUCCCCACAACUUUACUGGCACGACUCCUACAUACACCCCAAGUAUGUGGAGCUGGCCGUGGCGGUGGACAACGCCAGGUACAGAUUCAGGGAAAGCAAUUUAUCCACAGUCAUCCAGGACACAAUUCAAAUCGUCAGUUAUAUGGACUCGUACUUUGAGAAGAUGAAAGCGCACGUCUUUUUGAAAGCCUUGGAGGUCUGGACAGACAAUGACAAAGUGAAUACUAGUCACAAAAAAUUAAGUAGAAUACUUGGCGAAUUUUCAGUUUACCAAGACAAAGUUCUGUAUCCUCGUACCCAACAUGAUUUCGCACAUUUGUUUGUGCGUAGGUAUUAUUCCGAUGCCAUGGGCUGGGCCUUCGUGGCUUCCGCCUGCAUGAGAAAGUACAUGGCGUCCACAUCCACGCUGGCGGGGCCGUAUCUGCUCAGUUCGUCUCUCUACUCCGCUCACGAAUUGGGCCACGGCUGUGGCCUGGGCCACGAUUACCGAUACUGUCAGUGUUCGGCGAAAAGAUGUAUCAUGUUCAGCAGAGGCAGCACCCCUAAAGGGGGUUUCAGUAACUGUAGUUUCAAUUAUUUUUUCAAUUUUGUGAGCAAGACAGCCACCUGUCUCAAUAAUAUUCCUGUAGUGGGAUUUGUGGAAGGCAGAUGCGGUAACAAAGUGGUGGAAGGAGAAGAGCAGUGCGACUGUGGAACAGAGAGUGAGUGUAAGAAAGAUGCCUGUUGCCGGCCCGACUGCACACUGAGCCCUGGGGCCCAGUGCAUUUCUGGAGCGUGCUGCAGACGAUGCCAGUUUGUUCCAGCCAAAAUGAUGUGUAGACGGAGGCAAAGCGAAUGUGAUCUCGAAGAGUACUGUAAUGGGACCUCGAAUUUGUGUCCAGAAGAUGUGUACAAGCUGGAUGGAACCCCAUGUAGUGACGGUGCCAUCUGUUACCAUGGCGGUUGUCAUUCCCGCCUGCGGCAGUGCAGAAACCUAUUUGGUAAGGAAGCUAAGACUGCUCCACUACUGUGCUAUAAGGAGGUGAACGAAAAGGUCGACCGAUUUGGGAACUGUGGCCUUUCAGGGCGCGGUUACAAAAAGUGUUCGGUUCGGGAUACGUUGUGUGGAAGAGUGCAGUGUGUCAAUGUGAUGACCGUUCCUUCUAUGCCGGACCAUACGUCAGUCAUUCAAACUCACGUGAAAGCCAGCAAUACCACGUGCUGGGGGACAGACUACCACGUAUCCAUGCACACACUGAGAAUCGCCGAUAUGGGGGAUGUCAAAGACGGCACCUUCUGCGGCACUGGCUUGAUAUGCAUCAAAAGGACCUGCCUCAAUAUGUCUCUCCUCAGUUACAACUACGAACCUCAAAUGUGUAAUCAUCGAGGGGUGUUCAACAACAAGAGAAACUGCCACUGCGAUCGUGGCUGGGAGCCUCCCUUCUGUGAGACCCCCGGGGAAGGAGGGAGCAUUGACAGUGGCCCUGUGGGCACACUCCCUGUUGCAAAAACCUACAAAAUUUGGCCCGUUUUCAUCAUCCGGAGUACUCUUUUUGUUGCCUUGUUCAUCGCGACCUCUGUGAAGUGUAUAACAUUUUGUAAAAAUUUUAACCGUUAAAAAGCCAAGAGAAAAAAACACCCAAACUUCCAAAUGAACCAGAACAUUUGGAAUAAUCCAAAAAGCGUCUAGAUCUUUGUUCUCCAGCAAGCUCUGAAAAUACUGCCUAAGGCAUUUUGACUGAAGGCAGAACUGUUACUUCCAGUGUGAUUAUUUUGAUUUAUUUGUGUUCUCAGGAUUUUAUAAUUUAUCUGCUUUCAGUUGGAAAAUAAAAUGGAAUUUUGUGUUGUGACUUGAGUGAAA